CUUAAUUUUAUCCAAUCCGAUCAAGUCUAAUUUACAUUUAAAAAAAAAAAAAAAAAAAAAAAAAAAAAAAAAAAAAAAACCUAGGUGUAUCAAAUUUAAUUUUGUUGAAAAGCAGAAACAUUGACAAGUUGUUGUUGUAGUCCUUGUGGGGAAUAAGUAGAUGUUAACUUGUUACAAACAAGGUUUCCAAAAAGAACAAAUACUUGUAUUAAGAUUUUAAUAAAUAUGUGUACCUCAAACCCUUUGAACAUCAACUUUACACACGUAAAACUCUAGAAUUUGUUUAAUCGAUCAUCCUCUCUUCCUCGCGUCGUCAAAGUUCAACCAAAUAUGAUGGGUUGGCUUUCAGUCAUCAUGCGGAACAACUUUUUCUUUUUCAGUAGACGGACAUAUGCAUCAGCUGCAAGCGAUGGUAUAAGGAUUAUAGCAAGUAAUGGUCCUGCCUUGAAGAACAAGGCAUCUGAUGCAAGUGAUCAGAAAGUAACUGGAAAUAAUUUUCCGAUGACAAACAAACAGUUAAGAGAAGUAUUUUGGAUGAAAGAUCCUACGACUGGAUUCUGGAUGCCGGAGAACCAUUUCGACGAAGUUGAUGUGGCGGAGCUAAGACGGAAACUCCUUUACAAUAAACAAGGAUAGAUCAUAGUUAGUUGUACUUUGAUUUAACAGAGUAUGGGAAAUUUCAUCUUAGCAGAUUAAGAAGAAUAAGAGGAAAUGAGCAAAAUGUGAGGAAUCAAAUAAAAAUUGCACUUCUAGGCAACUUUGUACUUGAAAAGUUGAAAACAUAAUAAUCAUGAUUAUACAUGCUUUAAU